AUGACCUACAAAUGCGCUGUAGUCGAUGUACCAUUUGGAGGUGCCAAAGGUGGUGUGAAGAUUGAUCCCAAGGCCUACACUGACUACGAGAUUGAGAAGAUCACCCGACGAAUCGCCAUCGAAUUUGCCAAGAAGGUAAGUCAAAUCUCGUAAAU